CCACGUAUACGUAGGAGGAGACCGGAAGUGCCUGGCAGAAGGCGACGCGGCCGAGCCGGGCGGCGGCUGCGGCCAUGGAGCGGGACGGGGAGCAGCUGUCCGCGCGGCCGGCGCUGGAGACCGAGGGCCUGCGCUUCCUGCACGUCACGGUGGGCUCCCUGCUGGCCACCUACGGCUGGUACAUCGUCUUCAGCUGCAUCGUCCUCUACGUGCUGUUUCAGAAGCUGUCCACCCGCCUGAGAGCCUUGAGGCAGAGGCAGCUGGAUCGAGCCGCAGCCCCCGUAGAACCUGAUGUGGUUGUUAAACGGCAAGAGGCGUUAGCAGCUGCUCGUUUGAAAAUGCAAGAAGAACUGAACGCACAAGUCGAAAAGCACAAGGAAAAGCUAAGACAGCUCGAAGAAGAGAGGAGGAGACAGAAGAUUGAAAUGUGGGACAGCAUGCAGGAAGGGAAGAGUUACAAAGGAAGCGCGCGCAAGCCUCAGGAGGAUGACAGUCCUGGGCCUUCGACCUCGGCCGCCGUCCCGAAGCGGAAACCCGACAGGAAGCCUUUGCGAGGAGGCGGUUACAACCCCUUGUCUGGUGAUGGAGGAACGUGUUCCUGGAGACCCGGUCGCAGAGGCCCACCCUCUGGUGGAUGAGGCUAAAGGAUCUUGUUAGUGUCCCCUCGGACACUAGCAAGCUGAAUCCUUAACCCUGCCGUCAAUUGCUUCGCGCAUGCUUUUCACAGUGACUAGCCAUGAGGAGAUGGGGUUUAUUUCUGCUUUUAACCACCCCUGUGUAUGGAAGGGCUUCAGACAGCUUUGAGUAUAGACAUCGCCGCCGGGUGUUAGGUCUUAGUCACGCUCCACUUGAAGGCGGUGUGUACGUGCAUCGCUUUCAUGGUUAACUGAGCUGGUAGGUAGAGGCCUCUGGAUAGCUAGAGAGACCUAGUCCCAGCGUCUUAAGCUAGAAGUCCUUACGGCGAGAACAGUCUCUGUGACAGUGUGCGUCGAAUGAUGUCUUCCUUAUAAAUGGUGAGCCCACCACUGAGGAGUACUGAUGCAGACAGUUGACAGGGUUUGUUUCUGUAUAUUUAUUUCUAUGUACAGAACUUUGUUUAAAAAAGCAAAGGCGAUUGUAAAUAUUAAAAAACAAAAAGCAAAAUCCUGCAAGUACCAUUUUUAGUAUCUUUAUUAAAUUCAAGGAAAUGUCUUUAUCAACUUGAAUUUGUCUAUCAAACAUUAAACAGAUUUGUAUCACUCAUAA